AUGUGUCCUGGAGAUGGACCGUCUUCCUCCAGCCACGUAGAUGUGGCUGAGCAGAAACUUGAAGGGUCUAAGUGCAAAGGACAGCUUUUGAUUUUUGGGGCCACCAACUGGGACUUGAUUGGUCGGAAAGAAGUGCCUAAGCAACAAGCUGCUUACCGCAACCUGGGUCAGAACUUGUGGGGGCCCCACAGGUACGGGUGCCUGGCGGGGGUCCGGGUGCGGACAGUGGUUUCGGGCUCGUGUGCUGCCCACAGCCUCCUCAUCACCACAGAAGGGAAGCUGUGGAGCUGGGGUCGAAAUGAGAAGGGGCAGCUGGGACAUGGUGACACCAAGAGAGUGGAAGCCCCCAGACUCAUUGAAGGUCUCAGCCACGAGGUGAUUGUGUCUGCAGCCUGUGGGCGGAACCACACCCUGGCCUUGACAGAAACGGGCUCUGUGUUUGCAUUUGGAGAGAACAAGAUGGGGCAGCUGGGCCUCGGCAACCAGACAGACGCAGUUCCAAGCCCCGCGCAGAUAAUGUACAACGGCCAGCCAAUUACCAAAAUGGCCUGUGGGGCUGAAUUCAGCAUGAUAAUGGACUGCAAAGGAAACCUCUAUUCCUUUGGGUGCCCUGAAUAUGGCCAGCUGGGGCACAAUUCGGACGGGAAGUUCAUUGCCCGGGCGCAGCGGAUAGAGUACGACUGCGAGCUGGUGCCCCGGCGAGUGGCCAUCUUCAUCGAGAAGACGAAAGACGGGCAGAUUUUGCCCGUCCCAAACGUGGUCGUACGAGACGUGGCCUGUGGCGCCAACCACACGCUGGUCCUGGACUCCCAGAAGCGCGUCUUCUCCUGGGGCUUCGGGGGCUACGGCCGGCUGGGCCACGCCGAGCAGAAGGAUGAGAUGGUCCCCCGCCUGGUGAAGCUGUUCGACUUCCCCGGGCGCGGGGCGUCCCAGAUCUACGCCGGCUACACCUGCUCCUUUGCCGUCAGCGAAGUGGGUGGUCUGUUUUUCUGGGGGGCCACCAACACAUCCCGUGAAUCUACCAUGUACCCGAAGGCCGUGCAGGACCUCUGUGGCUGGAGAAUCCGGAGCCUGGCUUGUGGAAAGAGCAGCAUCAUCGUGGCUGCGGACGAGAGCACAAUCAGCUGGGGCCCGUCGCCGACCUUCGGGGAGCUGGGCUACGGGGACCACAAGCCCAAGUCUUCCACUGCGGCUCAAGAGGUGAAGACGCUGGACGGCGUUUUCACGGAGCAGGUCGCCAUGGGCUACUCACACUCCUUGGUGAUCGCCAGAGAUGAAAGCGAGACGGAGAAAGAGAAGAUCAGGAAACUGCCAGAGUAUAACCCGCGCACCCUCUGACUCUCCGGAGCCCCUCCCACUCCACACCUCGCGGCAGCUGUCAUUUCCACGUGCACUGGGACGGGAAGUCAAGGAGGAGUUGAGAAAAGCAAAAGUCGACCGAGGGUGCAUUUUCGUUAGACUCCCUGAGGUUCCGUUUUAUAAGUGAUUCAACAUCAACUACCUUUUCUGUAUGCUUUCCAAAGUGUUUUUUUCUCUUAUUGUUUAAUUAAAAUAUUUGCUCAUA